AUGGCCGAUGAAGUGAUUCUUCUUGAUUACUGGCCAAGCAUGUUCGGGAUGAGGACGAAGAUUGCUCUGGCCGAGAAAGGAGUGGCGUACGAGUACAUCGAGACAGACCCAUGGGUUAAGACUCCUUUGCUCCUUGAGAUGAAUCCGAUUCACAAGAAGAUUCCGGUUCUCAUCCACAAAGGUAAACCGAUCUGUGAAUCUCUUAUUCAGCUCGAGUACAUCGACGAGGUUUGGUCCGACACAUACCCAAUGCUCCCCUCUGACCCUUACCAGAAAGCUCAAGCUAGGUUCUGGGCAGAUUUCAUCGACAAAAAGCUUUACGACCCAGCAUGGAAGGUAUGGGGAACAAAGGGAGAAGAACAAGUUGCAGCCAAGAAAGAGCUGCUCGAACAUUUCAAGACACUUGAAAAUGAGCUUGGAGACAAAGCUUACUAUGGUGGUGAAGUAUUCGGAUUCGUAGACAUGGCAUUUAUGGGAUACUACAGCUGGUUCAAAGCCAUGGAGAAGUUUGGCGAGUUCAGUAUCGAAACAGAGUUCCCAAAAUUGACUCAGUGGACCAAGAGGUGUUUAGAGAGAGAGAGCGUGGUGAAGGCGUUGGCUGAUUCUGAUAAGAUUAUCGAGUAUGCUUGUGUCCUCAGGAAGAAAUUUGGAGCCGAGUAG